GCCACGCAGGUUGUUAACCUUUCAGUCAUGUGUUCACAAGUCAGCCGAGUGCAAGGAAUAUACAUAAAUCUCCUGUAAAACUUACAUCCACCAUUUCGUAGGCGCAUAACGUAUUUACCAUGUCAGCCCCGGACGUAAUUCCCAAAGUUCCCGUAUCUAAGGAGGAUGUGACCCUGGCCUGGCUGAGGGCAGUAUUUUUCCCGGCUUAUCAAGUAAAGUCCUUCCAAUGGAACGGAGAAGCCAGCAAUGGUCACGGCCAGAUGAGUACCCUCGAGAGGAUCAGCCUCGAGCUGGAGUCUGGCGAGAUGUUGAACAUCAUCCUGAAAACGUUACCCCCGGAAGGAAGCGUUUUUCGAAAUAUUACAGUACGACACGGCUUUGCUCAGAGGGAGCUCCAAAUGUACACGGAAUUAUUUCCCGUUUGGGACGAGUUUCUAGAGGUCAGAAAUGUACCGUCCAGUUUUCGCUAUCGUCGCCCCAAAUGUUACUAUGCUGCAUCUAACAACAUAUCCAAAGCAAUCCCAAGCAAUCCGGAAAGUUAUCAACAAAUCUUAAUUCUGGAGGAUUUGAUAGCCACCGGGUUCGAAAUGUGGCCAGAAGGUUUCGGGAAAAGCUUGAACUGGGACGAAGCCAAACCCUGCAUUCGUCUCAUGGCGUUAUUUCAUGCUGUGUCAUUGGCCUACGAGAAGGUGAAUUUGGAUGAUGCUAAGAGCUACUACGGCAUGGUCCCUUUGCUCGAUCACCAAUCGAUCAAUCCGAAGGAUAUGAUGGAAAUGUUCUUCAACAGUGGAUUUGACACCAUUCAAAAGCUGAUGAGAGAAUAUGCCGACAAAGCCGUGGAUGAACAAGUGGGGUCACAAAUCCCAUCAGGGCUUCCACUCCAUGCAAUGCCAACCGGACUUAUGGAGCAUUUGGAGAUACUGCGAGACAACGCUUACGAAAAUCUCCAGUUUCUGACACCAAAUGCGGACCAGAUGGGGGUCGUGGCUCAUAAUGACUUGCACGUCAACAAUUUCAUGUUCCUGAGUGACAAACAUGAGAAUUUGAAGAAUGGUGAACAUCCCGUGGUAUUUUUUGAUUUCCAGGCGUGCAUGUGUUCCAUGCCCACGAAGGAUUUGUCAUUCUUUCUCAUCCAAAAUUGUGAAGAAUCCAUGCUCACGGCGGGACUAGAGGAGACGUUGCAAUAUUACCACAGAGAGCUGCAGGCGGCCAUGGGCGCCAUGGGGAUGGCUCUGGAGGAGUACACGCUGGGCCGGGUGAGGGCAGAGUACCACUCCAUGGCCUACCUCAGCAUGCUGCACAUCAUUGCGGGGGGCGGCGUCAUAUUCAACGAAACUGCUCCGGAUGACUCCAAAAGACGAUUUUACAACAGAUUGGUCAAAAUGUACACGAAUGAUCAAUUGAAUUUUGUCGUCUUUCCCAAAACUGGGGAUUCGCAAAAUUAAUCUUUAUUAAGGUUAUGAAGUGAAUUGAAAUAUUAAUACCAAAAUAAAGCUAAUAAAUAAAGCUCUCUCCCACCCAAUGUCAA